CUGCAGCACAGAUUGCUGAGCCCCGCUCCUGAGUGUCUGAUUCACCAGGUCCAAGGCUUGGAGCAUCAAGGCCACGCCCCUAUUCUACAUUCUACUGGUGCCCUGGUUACCACUCCUGUGGCUCAGUCACACAGCUGCCUGUUAAAAGAAUAUUGGCACAGAAACAGCCCUGCUGUUCCAGCAGAAGCAAACAGGAACAGGAAAACAAAUGGCAGUAGCCCUGAGACAUCCACUUCUGCUGGUUGCCACUCAGCUCGGGAUAGCCUGUGCCAAGAACAAGCAGUAGUCCUUGACUCGAGGUCCAUCAAAAUCAGUCGACUGAAUAACACCAUCAAAUCUUUGGAACAACAGAAGAAACAAGUGGAACAUCAGCUGGAAGAAGAAAAGAAGGCAAACAAUGAGAAACAGAAAGCCGAAAGGGAGCUAGAGGUUCAAAUCCAGAGAUUGAACGUACAGAAAAAGAAACUAACUAUAGACCUGUAUCACACGAAACGCUCUCUCAUAAUCUUUGAAGAAGAGUCGAAAGAUCUGGCUGCCCGCCUGCAACGUUCAUCGCAGCGUACGGGAGAGUUAGAGCGGGCUCUGUCUGCUGUCACCGCCACACAGAAGAAGAAGGCGGACAAGUCCUCGAUGCGCAGUGAAACACUUCUCAAGACACAGUUAGAGCGGUCCUUACAGGAG